AUGGCCGGCGCACCCUCUACCUCGUCUCGCCAAACAAAUCGGAAACCUGGUCGGCAGUCUUCGAACUGGAAAACCCUACAAACGGAGCUCCCAAAAGUACCGGCUGCGGUCAAAGCACGCAACCUAGAAAAGAAGAAAAUUCGAAACCAAGCUAUCGCCUCGUCUCGCAUCCAAUCGACAGCACCUUCUACUCCAUCAACAUCAAGUAGCCCGACGUCCCAGAAACUACUCAACAUCUUGCAGCAAAACUAUACCCAGGGCACCUCGGCAAAGCAGACAGAAAUAGGAAAAUAUUUAGCGAUCGAUUGUGAAAUGGUUGGUGUCGGGCCACGAGGAAAUGAGCGGAGCGCCUUGGCAAGAGUGAGCAUCGUGAACUACUAUGGCAACGUCGUUCUUGAUACCUACGUCCGACCCAAGGAGAAGGUCACCGACUAUCGCACUUGGGUUAGUGGCAUCAAGCCCCAGCAUUUAGAACAUGCCAGUACUUUCGAAGAGGUCACGCGAAAAGUCGCCGACCUGAUUCAUGACAAAAUCCUAAUAGGCCAUGCCAUCUCAAACGACCUUCAAGCAUUACUAUUGACCCAUCCUCGCCACAUGAUUCGGGACACAUCAGCCUACCAGCCGCUCCGCACGCUAGCCAAAACAAAGUUUCCCGGCCUAAAAAAACUAGCAUUACUUUUGCUGGACGUAGAAAUCCAAAAAGAUUCCCAUUGUUCAGUCGAUGACGCCCGAGCCACGCUUGCUAUUUAUCGGACGCAAAAAGACCAAUGGGAGGCCCUUGUGAAAAAAGAACAGGCCCGAAAGCUUCAGACCAAUCCCCCGGCGUAG